CCGGGUUUACUGCCAACGAAGAUGAAGAGAAGACGAUGCACUACAAUGGACCUGAUGCGUCGUUGGAGGUGGAAGGAAUGACAGAGAGUCGAGGAGGAGGCCUGGAUCAGACUGAAAUCGCAAGCACCUCUCCAACCUCAACACCUGCCAAGUUCUGAACUUUUCCGACGAAAUAGAUGAGGAGAGAGGACGACAUGGGUGGAAUUAUCGGCGAAGAGUCGACAAUCGCCAACGGUGCUUGUGCAACCCCUCAUACCCCAGAAAUGUUAGAAGCAGAUUCCUUGGAGGCUAACGUGCCUGCAAUUGAAGAUCCAAUUCCCACGAAGUCGGCUCUGUUCGUGAAGGAAAUUGCCAACCAGGACCCUCUCUUGGGUAGUGCCAUCCCACUCAAAUGGAACCAAAACUGUGAUUCAGAAUCGUCCAAGGAUGUCUAAGGAGCGUGUAGGAUCGCUCAAUUCAACUUGACGGGGCCUGAAUCGAAAAUGCCCAAAAUUGAAUUGGGAAUUCUGGGUAUCCAGAAUUUGAAACAAGGCUUUGGUGGGAAGAGGGAGACCGAUGAAUUGAUGAUGAUAGUGACGAAUCGAGGUUGGAAACAGGUUCAAACCUUCCUUUGGAAGUCUGGCGAAGAACUUGGAGCGGUUGAAUUAGAUUUGGAAUCCUUAUCAAAACCCCAAUUCAUUCGAGCAAGAACAUGAAUGCAAAAGGAAUCCGACGACCUGGAAAUUGUUCCGAUCGCAUUCGAGUGAAAUUGGACGACGUGGAAGGUUUUUUCAACUCCAGGAUGGAUUCCCAACAGCUCUGCAAGUUUCAAAGGUCUUGGAGAAGUUUGAAGGUGAGUGUGAAUCUUUUAAUUUUCUGCCGAAAAGGAUGAUCGAGCAUCCCUCUUUCGAUCCAAUUUGGGAUCAAUUCUAUGACAAUUUCUACAAGAAGAAAGCUCAAGCUUUGAG